AGAAAAUGUUUAGCUUCGGCUUUAAAUACUUCGCUUCAGUUUUGGCUAGGGAGAGGAUGGCUUUAACAGGAUGCUCUCCGAUACGUGGGCUUAGAGGAGCAUCUGUCUGGACCAGGGGUCUCCAACCUUGUCAUCUUUAAGCCUGGCGGACUUCAACUCCCAGAAUUCCCCAGCCAUCAAAGCUGGUUCUGGAGACCCCUGGAGACAAAUUCUGGAGACCCCUGGGCUGGACUGUCCUAACAUCUUUUUAUACUUUGGUGCCCAGAAUGCCUCCUUUAGAGCCGGAGAGGGAUAAUUUUGAGCGGGUAACCUCUAUUUUGAAGGAAAAUGCUGGAAACGAAGGCCGACAGAGAAAAGGAGCUGUUUAGGAGCUUUCGGUUUCGUUUCCUGCUGGCUGGAAAGCUUUCCGUGGAAAGGAGGGGGGGAGGAAAUAAAACCGAACUGAAAAGCCGUUUUCAGAGAUUGUGAAGUGAUCUGUGACUCGGAUAAGCCAUAAAGCAGAUCGGCGGGCUGCUAGAUAUAAGCCGUUGCUUAUCUCUUUUUCACAAUGCCUUGAAAAUGAAAAGAAGAUUCAUUGGAUUUCAACACACAUCAUUCCUCCUUAAAUCCGGGAUGAGAGAAUUUAGAUAGCUUGAAAUGUGUCCGGCUGCUGUCAGCAUUGAUCUUGGAAUUACUUUGUGGAACUUGAUGUCAUUAAAAAAUUAAGGUUACGAUGUUUUCGGGAUAUUCAAGCAGAUGUGAACAAUAUUCUCCUUUGGAAAGGACUUUUAAUGCCGGAUAAUCCUCCAUACAAUAAAGGGGCCUUCUGGAUUGAGAUAAAUUUUCCAUGUGAGUAUCCACUCAAGCCUCCUACAAUAAGGUUCAAAACCAAGAUCUACCACCCCAAUGUGGAUGAGAUGGGUCAUUUCUGCCUGCCAAUCAUCAGCAUGCAGAACUGGCAGCCUUACACAAGGAUAGAGCAAGUAAUUCAGGCCUUGAUAGAGCUGGUAAAUAAUCCUGAAAUAGACCGCCCACUGCGUAUAGACGUGGCCAAGGAGUUCAAGGAAGACCAUGAGAAAUUCCUGUUACGGGCAGAAGAUCACACCUGCAAUUUCAGUGAGAAGCGGCCAUGUGAGUGACCUGUGCUCACCAACUGGAGUCUGCCUUAUAUAAUUUUUUAGCCUCACAAGUCUUUGUCUACCAAUGGGAUGGUAGAGAAGAGGGACCAGACAAAAAAUAUGCAUGAUGAAAAUUAGAACUUUUCUGAGUUUAAAGCCAGAACUACUCAUUUAGGAACAUUUAGAUGCUUGAAUAAGCAUAGGUUCCAAGUUAAGAUGCAGAUGCAUCUGAAUUAAGUUUAAAAUCUGUGCCUGUUCAUGGUACGGAUGAAAACCUGUGUUACUUUCUCCAUCCUGGAGCUAAAAUCUUAUUAUCUGAAAGGAUAGUUCUGGCUUUAAAGUCAGUAUUGGAUUUCAAUAAAUUUCAUAUUGAACUGAAGAGAUGACAUAGUUUUCUAAAACAAAAUAUUUUCCCUCAAAAAAGCAGAACAAAUGAGGACAUUUGCAAAGUUACAGGAGUACAUCAUAGGAAUAAAAUUAGAAUUCCACAGAUAAAAAGUAGUAAGCUUUCUGUUUUCCAAAUACUUUCUAAGCAAAGAAUGGUUUAUCUGGAACAGACCAAUAGGAAUACUUCUGGAAAAGAAUAUUGCAGUUGAUGCUUGUUGCAUGCCAUUCUCUUGCUAGUAUAUCUUACCUUGGAUAAAGAAAAUAAGCACAUUCUUAAUUCUUUUUAAUUUGUUCUUCAUAUAAGUUUCCACUUUCAUAGUCAUUCCUGUAGUACUUCAGGAUUGUUUCCAAAUCUUUCUUUUUCAAUUCCAAGUUUAAUUUAUUUAAUGUAUUGUAGUGUUUCCCUUUUUUCUUAAACCUUAGUAAUUGCAUAGACUGUGUGGCUUUUUAACUUUCCUCCUGUCAUCAUGAAAGUAUAUGUUGAGCUGACUUUCUGUUCUGUAAUAAAUGUAUGCUAUAAUAUAUUACAAAUAAUUAUAUAUUACUACAUUACA